ACACUAUCUGACCGGAUGUUUUAAAUGUUGCAGGUUUUAUUGGGAUCUCUGUAUGCUCCUUCUUCUAGUUGCCAAUCUCAUCAUUCUCCCGGUUGCUAUUUCAUUCUUCAACGAUGACCUUAGCACGAGAUGGAUCGCCUUCAACUGUCUUUCCGAUACGAUAUUUUUGAUAGAUAUCGUAGUUAACUUCAGAACAGGGAUAAUGCAACAAGAUAAUGCGGAGCAAGUAAUAUUAGAUCCCAAAUUAAUUGCUAAGAAUUACCUGAAAACAUGGUUUUUUCUAGACCUCAUCAGUUCGAUACCACUAGACUACAUAUUUUUGAUAUUCAAUCAGGACUUCAGUGAGAGCUUCCAAAUACUGCAUGCUGGUCGAGCUUUGAGGAUUCUCCGAUUAGCGAAGUUAUUGUCUCUUGUCCGUCUGCUGAGGCUGUCCAGGCUGGUCAGAUAUGUCAGUCAAUGGGAAGAAGUAUAUAUCUUGCAGAAUCUUCAAAAAAAGCGGACAGAACGGAGAGGCCGCCUCAGCUCUGACCCACAGAAAGAGUCAAAGUUCAGCAAAAGCACUCUCAUUUUUAAGUUUCUCAAUAUGGCAAGUGUCUUUAUGAGGAUCUUCAACUUAAUUUGUAUGAUGCUUCUCAUUGGUCAUUGGUCGGGCUGUCUGCAAUUUUUGGUUCCUAUGCUCCAAGGAUUUCCAUCGAAUUCUUGGGUUGCAAUCAAUGAGCUCCAGGAAGCAUUUUGGUUAGAGCAGUAUUCCUGGGCUCUUUUUAAAGCCAUGUCUCACAUGCUCUGCAUCGGAUAUGGAAGGUUUCCUCCUCAAUCUUUAACUGAUAUGUGGCUAACCAUGCUUUCAAUGAUCAGCGGUGCAACAUGCUAUGCACUAUUUUUAGGACAUGCCACUAAUUUAAUUCAAAGUUUGGAUUCAUCGAGAAGACAAUACAGAGAAAGGGUGAAACAAGUAGAAGAGUAUAUGGCUUACAGAAAGUUGCCCAGGGAAAUGAGGCAAAGAAUAACAGAAUAUUUUGAACAUAGAUAUCAAGGGAAAUUUUUUGAUGAAGAAGCAAUUCUAGGAGAACUUUCUGAAAAACUUCGUGAGGAUGUAAUAAACUACAACUGUCGUUCUUUAGUGGCUUCUGUUCCAUUUUUUGCUAAUGCAGAUGGGAAUUUUGUAUCUGAUGUUGUUACAAAACUUCGUUACGAAGUCUUCCAGCCAGGUGAUAUUAUAAUCAAGGAAGGAACGAUAGGCACAAAAAUGUAUUUUAUACAAGAAGGAAUUGUUGAUAUUGUCAUGGCGAAUGGAGAGGUGGCAACAAGUCUUAGUGAUGGCUCUUAUUUUGGUGAAAUUUGUCUUCUAACAAAUGCAAGAAGAGUCGCAAGUGUUCGUGCUGAAACGUACUGCAACCUUUUCUCCCUCUCAGUAGAACACUUCAAUGCAGUUCUCGACCAAUAUCCACUCAUGAGACGAACGAUGGAGAGUGUAGCAGCUGAAAGGUUAAACAAAAUUGGUAAAAAUCCUAACCUUGUUUCGCAUCAUGAAGAGGAAGAAGAAGAAGAAAUGGGAAGUGAGAGUAAAACAAUAAAUGCAGUCGUGAAUGCAUUGUCUGAACAAGCAGAACAUGCAAAUACAUCAGUCGAAUCUGUCGGCAAUAGGUCACUAAUCAGUGAACUUGGAAGAAGCCUUCAUAUUUUAACAGCAAGCCUCCCACGUCCCAAAUCCGAGACCAACUUUGCUGCUAUUCAUGAGCUUCAAAUGAGCACCAGACCAACUUUCCAUAAAUCAGACACAUUUAAUAAGGACGAAUCAAACAAUACAUACCAGUAACAGGAAAUAACUAACACAUAUUUCAUAAAACCAUUUCACACAAUACCUGCUUUUAAGUACCUACUCAAAAUGAAUUAAUUUGUUUAUUAGAUUUUGGCUGAGACUAAUAAUACAACACUUUAUAAAAAAUUUUUUUUUACAAAUGAAAUAUUAUUGAC